AUGUCUGUGCGUGCAUUGCCGGCCGUGCCUGGUGCCUCCUCUUCGACCACUACGCUAUCGCCGCCUGGUUUAGAUUCCCGCAGUGCAUCCGUAUCUUCUCUCGCCACGAACCCUGCGAUCCGACCGCUUCCUGCGCUCCCACCGUCCCACUCCCAGGUGUCCCUCGCCGCCACUACUACGUCCGCUAGCACCGUGCGGCCGUUACCUGUGCCCCAACCAGCUGCGAACAUGAACACUGCGUCGCUCUUGAGCGUUGACGAGGCGCCGUUGGGGUCGGCUGGGGCUCCGGUUCGAGACCCGGUCGAGGAGAAUAGUUGUUUGGGGGAUCGGACUGUGAAUGUCCUGGCUCCGCCUCGGACGGUUUCAAAUCAGGACCUAUCUGGCCAUGGGUCCGCGUCUGAUUCCCAGCUACAGCCGACAGCGACGACGACAGAGGCAUCGCAGUCGACGGCUACAUUACCCCACCUCGUCCGCAUCCCCCGCUUCGUCCGUCCAGCCCUCCCCUACCUCGAACUCGGCCUCGACACAGCCAUCCCCGAUCACACCGUCCAGGCCGUCGCCGCUCGCCCGGCUGAACAGGAAAAAACGCCAACUGUCUCGGGACUUGCUCAAGUUUGGCGACACCAUAUGCAGACCCAGCAACAACACUUGAGUGGUGCCAGUCUCCGACUAAAAAUGCUCAGCCCCCGACCCCUGGGAAACCCCCGCUUGAACCUCGGUUUAUUCUCAUCCCGCGCACGCAAAGAGUCCAAUCGGGGGACUGUUUAUGAGGAGCGGAGUGCGGGGAGCGAGGCCAGUACCACCACCACCGAGGACCCCACAUGCUCGGCCCCAAUGCAAACAGCGUACGAAAACGAGGAAGCAACGACAGGAAUGUUCCGCUCGCCUAGCCCUAGUUCAGGUCCAGGUGCAGUCGGAAUGCGAAAAGCUGCGAGCGCAGGGGCCGGUCCUAUCGUUUCUGCCGCUUCCAACGAUCUCUCCUCGUCCGCAGCUGGCUCGUCUACCGAGACCCCUGCUUUGAGCUGCGAUAAACCAAAUGCAUUGGCUCAGCCUACCAAACCUCUGAAGCUUAAAUCCCAGGCCCAGGGAUUGUUGAACACCGCCAUCGGGAUCGGGAUGAGUCUGGGUGGCAGAGGGAGCAUCAAUGUGAUGCCUACUAGUCCAAGUAUCGCCGCUGCGCUCGAGUACAUGAGGAACGAACACGACCCACCCCGUCGCUCUGUUCUGGACGAGAAGCGAGAUGAACAUGGGGUUUAUGGUGCCGAGUCGACUGGAGAGGGCAAUGGCGAGGAAAACGAUGGAGCGGGAUCGAGGGAACGUGGAGCUAGCAGGUCGCGAGAACAUUUGGGCGAAGGAUCAGGCGACCGGUCGAUUGGCGGUAACGGACUGCGAGAACGCCUCGCCAACGCCAACGAAUCGAGAGAAGAUCUGACUCGCAGUUCGGGAGAUACGUUUGAUGACGAGUCGGAUGCUGAGAGUCAAAAGGUCCAUGGGCAACCUAGUAUUUCGGAUUUUGCGUCCAAGGGCCACAAGGCGAGCUUUUCAGAUGCUGGCAAGUCGAGCUUUCGGAUACGGGCGCAACGUCGUCGGGUCCUUCGUCGAGCCGCGCACACUGAUGCGGAUGACCAUCCUUCGCAUGCCGUAGAUACGGGCAGCACAGACGACCAUCUCGUUGUCCACGACGAGGAAGAUCAACAUGAAGCCGACGCCUCGUUUAGCUCCGAGCCCUGCUUCGAUCAGGCCUUUUCGUUUAAUCCCUCGGCCAGACCCCAACCCCGCGCGGCUCAAGAUCCGGACAAGCGUGUGUCGACGGCGUCGAGUCAGCGCACGUUGACGGCCUGGAACACGGGCGGGUUCGUAUUCCCCAACAAUAACGCCAAUGCCGAGCAGCAACAAGGUGGUGCUCCCCUGGCCCGACUCCAUACGACCGAUGGGAACCUGGAUGUCGAGCACGAGGUUGAAUCCGAGCCUCUCCCCAAGCCUACUCCCCGUCCGGCCAGACUGGGUCAACUGGCCGGGUCGCUCAAGCGUCGGAGCGCGUCGAUGAGCAUCCUUUUACCGCCCAUGAUGAGUCCCAGAAGCCCCGGUCCCGAAAGCGAAGCGUCCAGUCCUGGUCUGAUGCCUACGUCGCCCCCGCCGCCUAUGCCUACCCGACACGCCCAUUUUGAUGGCGCGGUCACCGACUCGGAGGGAACUGCCCCCGUGCGCAAACGAAGUCGUCGACACCGACCGAAAAAACAUACGAACCGCGAGGCCGAGCCGCGUCGCUCGGAUUCUCCGCACCACCAAGGAUCCGUAUUCCAUUCGCCAGCGUCGGCGCCGGCCCUACAAGUCCACACGCAUGUUCAUAUCCCACAGCUCCCCGCCGCCGCCCAGACGCCGCUCAUGUCGAUCGCGGCGCUCGCUCCUGCCGCGCGGGACCUUGCGCUCGGCGUCGGAAAGCGGGUCGAGAAGUUUUACAGGGCGAGAAGUGCGAGCGGGGCGGGCCACGAACAGCGUCCGUCCUUGGGCGGGAUGCGAACGACGUCAUCGACCGGGCGCGGCGCACACACCAACGCCCAUGCCAACACCCACGCCAACACGAUCGGACUCGGACUGGGCGUCGAGCCUGUCUUGUCUGCGCCCCUUCGGCCUGCUGUGCCCGGUGCGUCGGGUCUGGUGUUUGGGCGUGCGCUGGAGGAUCCGAGUGUUCCGCGCGACAUGGACGGCUGGACGGAUGAGAUUUUGGGCGUGAGGCGGUGUGUGGGGUUGCCUGUCUUUGUGUCACGCAGUGUGAGGCAUUUGGAGCGCUGGGGAGGCGACGAGGAAGGGCUGUUUAGGAUUUCGGGGCGGCCGUCGCAUGUGUCGAGGUUGAGGGCCGAGUUUGAUGCGGGUGCGGAUUAUGAUUUGUACGAGAUUCCGCCGAGCGAUUUGGAUCCUCACGCCGUGUCGUCGUUGUUCAAGGCCUACCUGCGACAACUUCCCGAGCCCAUUUUGACCCGGGCACUCAAGGGUCAAUUCGACAUGGCCAUGACUGCUACGGACAGCACCUCCAAUGCUUCGUUUGACAUUUCUAAACUCCCCACUAGUAUGACCUCGUUUGGCGAGUCAUCUGAAAAUAUGCGCUCGUUGGACGACGCGCUCUUGGCUGAUAUCAAGGUCCUCAUCGACCACUACCCCAAGCCAACUAUAACCUCUUGCACGAGCUCUGUCAUUUAUUGCGAUAUACCACCGAACAUGCGCACACGACCAAGAUGCCGAUCGGGAACUUGCUUUUGCUGUUUUGCCCGACGCUGGGGCUCAGCGCUGGGUUCUUGA